CGUAAAUUCCCAUGUCGUUUGCAGUGCCCUAGUCUGAAAGUUUUUUUCCACUUCUUUUUCGUUUUCUACUUUUGUACCUCUCUGAACACGAGUCUGCUGCAUUGGAGGAAUAGGAAAAACUACUGCAUGAGACGAGCGGGAGAACAGACGCUUAUUUUUAAGAAGUCUGUUUUUGCGACGCUGGGAAACACCUUCGCCAAUCUGCAGCAGAGUCGUGGCAGCACCAUGAGCGCAGAGCUGAGCAUGGGCCCGGAGCUCCCCAACAGCCCUCUGGCUCUGGAAUACGUCAACGACUUUGACCUAAUGAAGUUUGACGUGAAGAAGGAAGGUCUGGCCGGGCUGGAACGCGCCGGGGUGCGCCAGUGUAUUCGGCUCCAGCCCCAGGGCUCUGUGUCCUCCACCCCCAUCAGCACACCAUGCAGCUCGGUGCCCUCCUCACCCAGCUUCAGCCCCACAGAGCAGAAGAACCAUCUGGAGGAGCUCUACUGGAUGCCCAACGGCGGGUACCACCAGCAGAUCGACCCACAGACGUUAAGCCUGACCCCGGAGGAUGCAGUGGAGGCCCUGAUUGGAGCCACAGCCCAUGGCCAACACCCGUCCCCGCAUGUCCAGCAGCAGCUGCAGCAGGGCGGCUUCGAUGGCUACAGAGGGCCUCACCACCACCACAACCACCAUGGCCAUCCUCAACAGCACCACCAUCCCUAUGGGGGAGGCAUUCCGCACCACCCAGAUGAACUGCCUGGACACCCGGGGGGCCACAGCCACCCACACACCCAGCACCACCACCACAGCCAGGACCCAGACAGCCCGUCCCCCGUCUCCCCAGACUCCCACCAAGCCCUCCACCACCACCGCCUCCAACACCACCACCAACACGACCACCAGGGCCAGGGGCACCAAGGCUUAGGCAACGUGGAGGACCGAUUCUCUGAUGAUCAACUGGUGUCCAUGUCUGUGAGGGAGCUGAACAGGCACCUGCGGGGGUUCACCAAGGACGAGGUCAUCCAUCUCAAGCAGAAGAGGCGGACCCUAAAAAACAGGGGCUACGCACAGUCCUGCCGCUUCAAGCGGGUGCAGCAGAAGCAUGUGCUGGAGAACGAGAAGACUCAUCUGAUUAACCAGGUGGAGGCGCUCAAGGCGGAGAUCAAUCGGCUGGCGCGCGAGAGGGACGCCUACAAACUCAAGUGCGAGAAACUGACGGGAACGGGAGCGAAUAACGGGAUCCGCAAGGCAGGGUCAGCAAGUGACAACCCGUCAUCUCCAGAGUUUUUCAUGUGAGUUGUUAUUAUGGCUCUAUUGACUCUCCCCUACCCCACCAUCAACUGAUGCUGAUGAACAAACAAUAAUAAUCAAAUACGCCUUCAUGUUGACUAUACUAAUGACAGCAACUAUAUUCAUAUUAGAAUAAUAAUCCAUGAAAUAGUAAUAUUCUCAUAUGUAACCAUCUCUCUCCAUCCACGUGACAACUGAGAUACAAAGAACAAGGUAGACUGUUUGGUCAACGUCGCAUCUUUGUAGAUUAGUUGCUUGUAGUGAGGAUACUUUUUUCCAUCUUCCUGAGAGAAGAGAGAAACGGCGGGUGAACUUUCCUCGUUUCAGGCUACUGCUUUUACGGUGGCUGUUAGUGGGAUGACCGACCGGCGUAUAGGGCCUGAAAAAAGAAAAUAGAAUUUAUAAACAAGACUCCACAUUAUGCAAUCUUGAAUUCUGUCUACUUAUCCCGCAAAGGGGGGUGGGGGGGCAUUUUAUGCAACAUCUCAUUGGUUGCCUGCUUAGUUAUAUUCGCAUAUAUAUUGAAACAAAAAUCUCCAUUAAAUAUUAAUCCUGCAUGCUGGACAUGUACGGACGGUAAUAAUUUCUAUUUUGUACUAUCUUUUUGUUUCUCGUAACCUAUCUUAAUAAGAGCAUGUCGUUGAUCUGCGCUUCUCCAUAGCGUUGUUGGGUUUAGAGGAAUGGAAUGGGGUCGGUACAGCAGGGCUGCCUGUGCAGUAUCGUAAUGUCUGGUGUUCUGUAGCCUUGUAAAUAUUACGCAACGCAAAACUGCACACCAAGAUUGAAGAGGCUGGUUUUAACUUCUUUCUUUCUUGGAGUUUUUUUCUUCUUCAUAUUUUUGAGUUUCUUUUGGUUGGUAUUGAUUCAGAGAUAUGGCCAUUUUGCUGUUGCAUUUAAACAAAACAAACUGUAUAUUAAGUGCACUUUUUGGAUAAUGGUUUGUAUUAAGUUUUCAUUUUGAGUUUUGUGCAGACGACCGUAAAGGAAGACAUACUAUGAUUAUGGAUUAUUCUAUUAUAAUAAUAAUGACAAGAUAGAUGCAAGCUUAAUAAUGACCAUAUGACACAAUGUGAUGUAUUGUGCGAAACUGUAAAAACAAACGCCUCGCUAGAAUAUCAGCAGAUGAGUGAGUCCUUUGCGCACCACAUUUACGCACCAUGCAUAAUUUAUUGUUCUUCUCUCCUCGGAGAAAAUACUUUCACAUGUUAUUCCAUUUCAUUUCAAUGUGGUGCUGUAGUCAGAAUAGUUUUUCUUAACCAGGAAUUCCCUUCUGUUAACUAUUGCCUAACCCUAAUGUGAAUGUAAUGUGAAGAACACAUGUAGCAGGUCAGUCAUAUAAUUUCAACUUGAUUAACUUUAUUUUUUGGGGUGCAGCUGAAUCGCAUUAACAGCGAUAUGGGCCUACUAUAGGCCUAUUUUGUACUUUUCCUCGGCAAUAUCAAGCAUUUUUAAUAAAGUGUCUCAAAUAUGCUCAAUAAUGUUAACCAUGUCAGGGGUUUUAUGUGAAUUAAAAAAGUAUUUAGAUUGCGCAUGCGUUUCGAAAUACGACGUUGAAAUAUAUUAAUGCUAUAUGUUUUCUCCCCAAAAAUUCUGCCGGUCAGUAAAAAAAGGGAUUCAGGUUGUGCAAAAUCUCAAAAUGAAAACUGUUGUGUAUGUUAUAUGAUAUUAUGUUUUCCUAUUUUUUAUUAUUAUUUGGUGUUUCUGGUUCUGCUGGCCAGAUGCAUAGUUAAAGUUUUUAUUUUAAUGAUUUAAAUUAACAAACUGUCAGAUCAUUAUGAAUACGCAUGGUGCUUGCAUUUAAAAACUAUUGUUGAAAAGUCAUGCAUUUAACAAUCUCUUGGUUUGUUACUGAUUCAACUGUGUUGAAAUCAAAUUGAAACUGCAGCAGCGGGUUGUUGUUUUUAAUUUCAUGCAUUUUGCGAUGAUGAUGGUUAUACAUUUGAAAUCCGGUCUAUAUAAAUAAGAUUAAAUCAAUUAUCUUAAAUUUGAACUGUUGUAGUUCCAUUCAGGCUGGUUUCUGUUUUGUCUCAUUUUUUUUUUUUUUUGGAAGAAAUGGUUUCCU